AUGGCUCCCUACGAACUUCGAUCAGGAGGUGAUGUCAAGAAUAAGAAGCAAAGUGUCGCCGACUUGAAAUAUCGUCGUUUGACAGAGCUCAAUGCUCGUCUAAAGGAGGAUCUGGACCGACCACGGGUCAAGGUCUCCGAAGCAGCUCUCUCUCUCAUCAGUUACUGCAACAACACUCGCGAUUAUAUGGUUCCAUCUGUAUGGGGACAGGUCGACAAGCGCGAGGAUCCUUAUGCUCCUCAGCAACAGGGAGGUUGCUGCACCGUCAUGUAA